CUCGUAACUUAAUAAUUCAACCUUUUUUCAAGUUAGAUAAAUCAAUCUUAGCAAUUAUUUUUACAUUAACGUCAUCAAUGUUUACCCAUCAUAACCAUGGUAACAGUCGCGACAGUGGCCCUGCAAUGAUUAAAUGCUCUUUUGAUGCGACACACGGUGUUGCGCAAUGACCGUAAACAUGGUAAAUGAACUCGUGUGUCUAUCGACAUAGAUGAUGGGGAUUCCCCAGACAUGAUGUUUAUAAACAUUUUUUUUUCUGUAUCGUGAUAAGUCGAGGAGCCGUGCUGGUUUAGUGUGGAACCAAUAUCAUUCGGUGCAUACAUGACCAUUAUUACGGUGAAAACUAUUUAUGGUUUAGAAGACCAGGAUUGUUCAAAGUGAUAUUUUCAACUUAUUAUUCUUGGACAAUGUUAUCGUGACAUUAAAUUUCAGAUCCUUGAUCAAUUAGUGAUUGCUUCUUUCUUUAGCUAAAACCCCCUGAACCUGAAGCUAUAAAUUGCAUUGUCGAUAAUAUCGAACAGGACUACUUCUUCAACAUUUCUGAGAGAAAAUCCAGAAAAAAUGGAAUUUUGUCGAGAAUUCAGAAUGCAUUCGGUCGAGGAAUAUUUCAAGCGUCUGUAUUUAACUUUCAGAGAUGAAUUCAGCAUGCGAUCCCGUGGUCGCAAGCAAUUUGCUGCUUUCUCUUUGGACAUGGCUGGACUUGACAGUGAAAAGCCUAUCUACCGAGGUCAUCCAUUCGGAGGUGGUGGAUUCCUCAGUUGGGAUUUUGCCGUCACUACAAGCUGCAGAGAGGCAAAUGGCACCAUUGAGCACGCUGAACAACGAGUCCUCUGUCAUCUCAUAUCGAAUCUCCAAGAUCUGGUACACCUGAAUGACCACGCCCAACAUUCGCUGUACCUCUUCACCUACUUCUCCCCAUGUAAUGAUUGCAUCAUCUUCAUUGAUCAGCUCCUGAAUGGAUUGAAGACGACUCUGCCGAAGCUGCAGAUAUAUCUUGGAUACAUCGAGAUGUACGUGGAUGCACAAGACCGAAGAUUAACGAGUUCAGCCGAACGGUCAAUGGAAAAUCUCAAAACCGUGUAUGCCCUGGAGCGACAGUUUCCGAAGUUUCAUGUAAUGGAGAUCCCGAAAGUGAUGAAUCAGUCAAGUUCUUACCCGAAGCUUUACAUCGAGUCAUGAGA